CUAUGUGGAAAAAACACCUCAGCCCAAUUGAUUACAUGGCAUGUUUGAUAAAAUAAAAAUAGUAGGAUAUACAUUUCAUUGUUUUUCAGAAACCCUAGAUCCUUCUUCGACCCUUAAAUCUGCAAUUUCUUCUCCGAACCCUAGAUUCCUUCUUCGACCCUUAAAUCCUCUACAAUUUCUUCUCCGAACCCUUCUUCGAUCCUUAAAUCCUCUGCAAUUUGUUCUCCGAACCCUUGAUUCCUUCUUCGACCCUUAAAUUUGCAAGUUCUUCUCUGAACCCUUGACUCCUUCUUCGACCCUUAAAUCUGCAAUUUCUUCUCCGAACCCUUGAUUCCCUCUUUGACCCUUAAAUCCUCUGCAAGUCUUUCUUCUCCGAACCCUUCUUUGACCCCUAAAUCCUCUUCCACUCUUGAUUCCUUCUUCUUCUUCGAACCCUAAAUCUUUUACACUUUGUGAUUCAUUCUUCUUCCCUUGAACCGUAUAACCUCUGCUAUUUGUCUUUUGGCUUUUGGGUUUGUGAGAAUCAUAAAAUGGAAGCUGGUUCUGCACAGAGUCCGGUUUCAGGUUUUGGUUCACUUGAGAGUGGAAGCAUGGCAGAUUCUACAGAGUUUAGAAAUGAAGAUUAUAGAUGCAAUUUGGGAAGGGACGGAAAAUCCAAUCUUGAUCGUCUGAAAUCCAAUGCGGUCUUUGCUGGUAAGACCCAAAAGAAGCAGCAUAAAAAUAGUUGGAACAGAAAGAAGACAGAAUUUGAAGGACACCCAGAUAGGGAGAUCGCAAAUUGGAUGUGGAUCUGAUGGUGGGUGGUGGAUUGGAUGUUGGGAGUGUUAAUUUCUCUAUUUUUCGGCAGUGGUUUUGGUUUUUCUCAAUUGGUUAUUUAGUUUACAAGAUUUCUAUGUAGGAUCCUUGCAAUUACUUCCAUUUCUUAGCUGAUGAGGAAAAGAUCAAGGGUAGAGCGAUGGAGUUGCUGCUGGUUUUGAAAGAUAAGGAAUGCAGAGUUAUGAAAGAGAAGGAGAAAAUAAUGCAAUGAUUGUCAA